AUGGUGGCCAUACAAUAUCCUCCCCCUCCCCAACUGAUCAGCAGAACUCUCUUUCCAUCCCUCGUCGACUGGCGGGAAAAGACGAUUUGGGAUAAGUUUGUUAGCCUUAUCUCCGCCCCAUCUGUGUUGUUGCUGGUCGUGACACUGCCCGUCGUGGAAGUAGACGCACAGAACGACGAGGAUGAGGACGAGGACGAGGACGAAGACAUUGCUAGCGAGUAUGCGCUUCACGAUACGUUGGAAGCCGAUGGUGCGAGCGCUUCCCGUGAGCCGCUUAUGAACGGCCAUCGCGUUUCAGUCGGUGCCGCGUCUACACCUACUUUGAAUGUCCCCAGGCCGGAGACGGAAUGGCAGCGCUACCGACGGAGCACCCUGACCAACCGGCCCCUGCAGUCGCCGGUGGUCCGGACUAUCCAGGCCGAGCAUGGUGUCGACGCUAGUAACAUCUCGUCGACCGCGGUGUCGAUGACAUCGGCCUCUAGCAGCAGCGCUCCUCCUCCGGAGCAUGUUCCAGCUAUCCCCACGACACUAUCCAACCCGCCAGCCAAGUCAUCAGAACCUGCUAUUCUCGGCAGCGAGCUUCGUCAAGCUGAGGCCGAAGCUGUGGCGGCGGGCUGGAACCGUUGGCUGGUGACGGUGCAGUUGUUUGCAGGCCCCCUAUUCACAGCAUUCAUCGUCUGGGCCAACAUAUCCGAAGACCUGGAAAACCCGUGGCGAAGCCUCUUGUUUAUGAUCGUAGGGUCACUUGGAGCAUCUUCCCUGAUGCUGGUGGUGCUGUUGGCCAUGACGUCGGCUACACGGCGGCCCAAGUACCACUCUCUGCUGUGCUUCCUCGGGUUUAUUAUUAGUGUGGCCUGGAUCUCGACGGUGGCCGGCGAAGUGGUCGGUGUGCUCAAGGCCUUUGGUGUCAUCGUAGGCAUCUCCGAGGCCAUCUUGGGUUUGACCAUCUUCGCCGUCGGCAACUCGCUCGGCGAUCUGGUGGCCGACAUUACGGUUGCGCGGCUCGGCUACCCAGUCAUGGCGCUGUCUGCCUGCUUUGGUGGCCCGAUGCUCAACAUCUUGCUGGGCGUCGGCGUCGGUGGCGCCUGGAUGACCAUCAAGGCGGCCAAGGCCCACCGGGACCGCCACCCGGACCAGCCGCUGCAUUACAAGCCGUACACCAUCCAGGUCGGCAGUUCACUGAUGGUCUCCGCCGUCACGGUGCUGAUUACGCUUUUCGUUUUACUGGUAGCGGUGCCCGCCAACCGGUGGGUGAUGAGCCGCAAGAUCGGCCUGGCACUGAUUGGCCUGUGGACUGUGAGCACAAUCGUGAAUGUGGUCCUCGAGGUCACUGGGGCGUGGCGAUAG